AUGGCCACCAACCCAAACCAAGAGUCGAAAGCCGAGGAGGGCGGGAUCAAGCAUGAACAUACAGCAGCGCGAUCUUCAUCAUCUUCGCUGCCCGACCGAGAGGCUUUCCUUUCGUCCUUUACCGCCGAAGAGGAUCGGAAGAUCAUGCGCAAAGUCGACAAGCGAUUUCUGCUACUUAUCGGGCUGAUGUACAUCCUCAAAAACAUCGACUAUAUCAAUGCGGCGACCGUCAAGGUCUUGCAAGUCGGGCAGCCGCGCAAUAUCUUGAAGGAGCUGAACAUGACGGCGGAUGAGUACAAUUGGGUCCAGUCCAUUUACUUUAUCUCGUAUAUUGUGUUCGAGGUUCCUUCCAACCUCCUGCUCAAGAAGAUGACUCCUCGAAACUGGCAGUCCCGAAUCAUCGGCUCCUGGGGCCUGGUGCUUGCUUGCCACGCCGCCGUGCGUAACAAGCAGGGUCUUUAUGCUUGUCGGUUCUUUCUUGGAAUGAUGGAGGCAGGAUUGUUCCCUGGACUAGCUGCGCAGCUGUUAUCCUGGUACCGAAGUGAUGAAAUGGGGAAGCCGAUCAUGUGGAUGUUUGGCUUUCAAAACUGCGCCGGUAUCGUCGGUUCUCUGAUCGCAUAUGGAAUAUCGUACAUGAACGGCAUGUGCGGUCUCAGUGCAUGGCAGUGGGUCUAUUUGCUCGAAGGCAUAUACACGAUUCUGUUCGCCGGCGUCGUCUAUUUGGUCCUCCCCGACUAUCCCAAAUCGAAACGCUCGGCCAAGUGGCUCACACCGCGAGAACAAGAAUACCUCGAACUUCGACUUACGGACAACGCCCCGCGUACCGACGAGCCGGCCUUCAACAAGGCCGAAGUGCUGGCAUCUCUGAAAGACCCUCGAACUUAUGCCUUCUGCCUGUCCCAAAUUCUCAUGAACCUCGGCGGAUAUGGCUUACAGUGGCAGCUCCCAACCGUUACUACCAACCUUGGCUUCGCCGGUCUGCCCCGAAACCAGCUGCUCAACAUUCCUCCAUCGGCUGCAAGUGUCCUAGCCAUCAUCUUCGCUGGCUGGUUUCUCAAGAAGGCCUGGCUGACGCGACCGGAGUUCAUCAUGUUUCUCUGCGCCGGGGCUUUUGCCUUCUUCCUUGUGCUCUGCGUUAACGACGUCAGCCGUACCGCAACGUACAUUGCCUGCAUUUUCGGCACCAUGUUCUACUCCGUAUAUUUCAUUCCUUUCUGGGCUUGGCGAUCUGCAAGUCUCAAGGGCGCAACAGGCGCAGCAUUCACGUUGGCCUUCCAGUCUUGCAUUGGCCAAGUUGGAGGCGUCGUUGGACCGCAACUGUUCCAAUCCAAGUACGCACACAACGGCUACAAGGUCUCCUUCGCCAUUUGCGCUGCCGCCAUCGGCGCCAGCUGGCUCGCUAACUGCUGGACUUGGUAUUUGACCCGGAAGAAUGAGAAUGACAUCCAGAGGGUCAGGAAGCUGAGAAUCCAGGCCAACAAGGAGGGCAGAGUCUGGUCAGGAGAGGACGUCAAGUUGUAA